UCAAGGGAUACUUGACAAGAGGAAUUGAAUUCUCAUGGUGGUACCGACUGAAGCGAAUAACACAACUUAACAGACUCAUAAACCAGAUAACUGGGGAAUGAAAAUGUACAUUUGUUUAAAGUGGUGGGGUUGGCGGUUUCCAUCUUAUCUCCAUUGAUGCCAUCAGUAGAGAUUUCUGAUAUGGUUGAUGAGUCCAAAGGACAACAUCAGGUUGACAAUGCUAAUGGAUUAAUCGAAAAUUCCCCAAAUCCCCUCUCCCCUCUCGAUUGUGAUGAGAAGCCUACCAAUGGGGCUGAUGAUUCAGUGACAGACGAGAACGACGACGAUAGCAGGAAGCUGUUUGUCGGUGGUCUAAGUUGGGAAACAAAUGAAAAUGAUUUAAAGGAAUAUUUCUCUCGUUGGGGAAAAGUUACCCAGUGCAUCAUAAAACUGGACAGGUUCACAGGAAAUUCAAGAGGGUUUGGUUUUGUUACUUUGGAAAAUGAAGACUGUGUCUCAAAAGUUCUCAGUGUCCCUGAGCAUUGGUUAAAGAAUAAGAAAAUUGACCCUAAGAAAGCGAAACCUUCUCGAGAACCCUUAAAAAAGAUUUUUGUUGGUGGUAUUGAUCCAGAAGUAACGGAAGACCAAAUACGUGAAUACUUUAGCAGUUUUGGAAAGGUUGAGUCAUUAGACUUGCCUUAUGACACUCAAAAAGGGAAAAGGAAGCAUUAUAUAUUCGUUAGUUUUUCCACUGAAGCAGCUGCCAAAAAAGCUAUUUCAAAGGAGCGUCAAGAUAUUUUCGGUCGACAGUGUGAUGUUAGGGUUGCUGUCACACGAGAUCAAGCUAACAGACAAAAAGCUCUGAAGCAAUGGUAUAACUGGUUGGACCCCAGCUUCUCUUAUCCAGGAUAUGCCUAUGGUGACUACGCAAACGCUUACCCUGGCUUUGACCCUUUUACGUACGGCUAUUAUGGAUAUGAUUACUACGGAAGCGCAGCAGCAGCUGCUGCUGCAACGGGUUAUGGGGCAUAUACCAAUCUAGCUGCUAAUCAGUUUUGUGGAGUAAUUAAUCCCAACAAAGUAAAUCAAAGUAUCCGUACUCCUGCUGCAGCACCAGGAGCUGCCACACGUAUGAUUGGUAGUGGCACGACUGGAACAAUUGGUGCGAACUCCCAUCAAACCCAAUCUCACACACAUCUAAAUUACACAAACUUACUUACUUCCCAGCUAGAUCCACACCAUACAACGAUGUCCGCUGGCCUAGAUUUCUCUGUAGCACAUCCUCAACCCGGUCAAGGCAUGGUUGCUGGAUCAGGUGCUACCCGGUUUUCCCAUCCUCAAUAAGCCAUAACAUAACUAUUCAAAGUAAAAAACCAGAAUAACUCAGUGCAAAGUCUGUUUAUUCAAGUUAUUUAGAAAGACUACUGUCAUUAAUUUGUAUUCAGUGAUUUAUUCAAGGCAUAUAUAUGCUGGGCUUCUGUGAAUAACUGCAUAUUUUGUGAGUGGUAGCAGUAAUAACCUACGAAUCGGAUCAGUUCAUAUCGUUACAUUGUGCCUAGUCUGCUAAGUAAGUAUGACUUAUCUCGUUGCUCAAUAUCAUCCUUGAUGCGUUUAUUUCCCUUCAUUUUUACUUGUUUUGUUUGAAAGUUAAUGCGACUAAUACGUACGUAUUCACACAUGCGUAUGUACUAUCUGAAAUUCAGUUGUUUAUAAAUUCACUUUAUUGUGUUUGAAAUCUCCCUUAUCGAUCAGUUAGCUUUAGUGUGGUCUCUGUUUUACCCAAGUAUUGUUUAGGAACAACUUCAAGAAUGUGUAUAUUUAGUAUUUGUGUACAUAAAGACACUACAACACAUUUGUUGCUGUUAUUUUUUAAUGCAAUGAUUACUUUUAGAAAUCCUCUUUUCCUUGUAUCCCCAACUCUUGUACAUUGUUUCCUUUAUAUUUUUUGAAAUUAACGAACAUUUUUCAUCUAAUUUCUAACUUCAAAAAGCUGACGAUUGUUAACUUGCAUAUUUGAUUUGUAUAUUUCUUAAGUUGUUACUAUAGGCAACAUAUAAUCUUGGCCGAAUUUUUGUGGAUAAAGUGAAAGCGUUAACAUCUGUUUUUAUAAAUUUUUAUACAUAUAUUUAUGCUUAAAUUCCCGGUACGAUUCGGACUGACUCCAUUUUUGAAUGACUGAUCUAAAAUCACAAAUAUCUUGAAUGUAUACAGAUUGGACAUACGGAAGUACUUUUUUUCUAUAUUUUGUGAUUGAUGCACUGAUCGAAUUAUGAUGCUUAUGAUGUUAUUGACUGUCCACUGGUUAUUUUUAUUUGUAUACACUCACCUAUUGUGCUUCCGUAAAUUCGUGAUACACUAUUUCCAUAGUCUUUUAUAUUCUCUCUUAUGAGGAAUUGCGCUCAUAAAAAAUGAUAUUGAUAAUCUAUUCUGCCAGUAUAGUUUUCAACUUUUGCCAGCAAUUGAAUCAGUUUGUGUAAAUCACGUUUAAUUGUGUGAUGUCUGUAUGAAUUUAUAUAAAUCUGCUAUUCCCUAUACAUUGGUGUAAGACAGAAACCAUCAUAGGCACCUGGGCUUUUCAUUUAGUUUACGUGCUUUGUCUUUUGUGAAAUGUCUGAUUUAUAUCAUUGAUUACACUUAGGAGUGCGCUCACUUUUAUCUGCAGCGAUUUUUACUGUAUCUUCACAAAAAUCAUCGUAUGUAUCACGUAUGUUUAUUAAAUGAGAUGUUUAAGUUAGUCAUACAUAAAAGGAUCAAGGUUCAUAUGCAUGUAGGAACUGUCUGACAGGUUACAUCCACCAUAUUCUAACUUUUUAGUACCCCGUUUUUUUAUAAAGACAAUGAAAUUAUUAAGAAAUGCACCAAAUAAAGAGUAUUAUGUGUUAUGUUAAGACUUGCUAGUCUUCAUUUUCGUAUAUCGUGUCAUGGAUUCCUGAAUUUUGAUGAAUUACGAGUUCACAGGUCAAAUUAGUGGUCUUGGAGGAAUAUCGCUUGCUCUUCGAAUUUAGAGUUUGACCUGUAAUUAAUCUUCAGAAAUUUUAUUCUGAUGUUUAAGUUUAGAAUAGUACAGAUUUUGAUUAUGACAACAGUAGUAAGCUUCACAAACGAAUAUGUUACAUCUCGUUGACGUUUUGCAGUAAUUAUCAGUUUCAGUUCUUUGAGUUCGCAAUUUAUGAAUCAAGUCACCGCCUUCUAGUUUCUGUGGUGAAGCGGUUCAUGAGUUUAGGAAAAUCUGGUCUCAAAACAUAGUUUAAAAGCAAAGUAUGUGUUUUGGAUCGUACUUUAUGAGCUGUCGAUUUGCCGGGAUUUCUUGGCAUUUCUGUCAUUUACAUUGUCCUAGUAUCGAAUAUUUCAGGUUUAUGACAAGCCAGUGGUCUUAAUUGUCGAUUGGUCACCUUCCUAAUUAAAACAACAAUUUUUUGGUACUUGUGCUACUACAAAAUUAGACACUAGAUAUGAACAUGCAGACAAAAACAAUGCAAUUGUACAUAAUAUACUAAUGGGAUUACUGCUUUUAUAAAGGUCCAAACCUGCGAAUUUCGAGUAGUCACUUUUUCUAGUAUUUAAACAGUAUUAUGAUUUUGGAAGUGUUUUCAUACAUACAUUAAUACAACGUUACACUCAUGCAUAUCUUAUUUCGGUGUGUUAGAAAACAGAUCAUGCUUCGUUAUCGAAUUAGCAACUUAUGAUUGAAAUCGAGUUAGGCAGACUAAAAAUCUCGGUUCAGUGUUUAGUAACUGACAGAGAGUCUGACUUACUGUUGCUUUAAAAACCUUGAGCAUUAACCGUACAUUUGCUCAUAUUAGUGUCAUUUACAAUCAUAUUGAAAGUAUCAUUGGAACCUUGACGAUAAUUUUAAAUUCUUACAGUGUAAUCCACUCUCAAUUUUAAGCUCAUUUGAUGUAAUAGUAGAGAAAUUCAUCUUACGAGAAGGAAGCGGAUCCGUAUGCUGUUGGUUUUUAUGUUAUUCGUCCAAUCUGAAAAUGUUUAUUCAUCUGCAUGAAUAAGUCCACAUGCACUGCAAGUGAUUAUGCAUCCUUCGUAAGAUCAAAGUUUGUGGUUCGUCCUUAGUCGUACAGACUAUUUUGUAUCCCCAUUAGUAGUAAUUAAACAGCAAUGGAGUAUUAAGCUUAAUAUACAAGUUUGGCAAAGCUCAUCUUCAAACAGUCACUUUUACAAUCGAAGGAUACUGAACUACAGUUUUCGGAAGCAACGUAUCUAAUAAAAACUAGUAGGAUGGCAUUGUCAGGAAAAAUUUAUCCGCUUAGUUAUUUGUAUUUUCAGUUAUUGCCAGCUCUGAUAUCUUAGAGGCAAGUGUUAGUAUCGGGCAAGCACAUUCCUAUUUUCAGAUCAAACUAUUAGAUCAGCGGCUAUAUAUUGGAAUCCAAAGUCUUUUAAACUUACCAUCAAUAUGAUGACCUCUGUGUGGGACUUUCUUUUCAACCCCGUUCUCUUUUUGAAAUGUGUACUUACGAGAUUUAAUACAACUCUACCUAAAGAAGUUUUUUUGGGUUCGUUUACCCAAUUAUGUGCAUACGCAUACCUGAAAUGCGUGGUGCUACGUUUGUUUGGAUGUUCUAAACAAAAGAAUGGAUGAGUAUGCAUAUUUUAUUUAAUGUGUUCAAUGUGUCAGUCUUCUCAAUCCAGUCCAAUCUUAAUAAAUCUAAAUUAUACUGGUUAGAGAGAUAAUAGGCGUCACCAAAUUUGUGUUUUCUGAAUUUCACCUUGCUUUUUUACUUUCCCAACCACUUCACUAUGUUCCCAUAAGCACUUGAAGCAAUCUGUGUUCGCAUGUUUUAGUGCAUGAACAUUCUAAGUGGCGCCACAUGUUGGUAAUCAGUGUAGUAUUGGAAGCUGUAUCUAACUGAAGAGAAACGGGUUGACCACUCACUAUGAUGUCAACAGCUUUUUAUAUUGAAAACUAAUGUUCAAGUUGCAAACGUGCUCUUGAUUUGGCUUAGUGAACGUUGUCUCGAAUUUUUUUCUGCAGAAUCUUGACUAGCGUAGUAUUUCUUCGCCGGGGUAAUGGCCUUUGUGGUCAAUAUGUUAAGUAUCGGUUUAUGUGGUUCAUUGAUAGACAUAAUUUCAUUAAGUAAACGUGUUCCAAUAAUCAACAUGGUAAUAGUGGCUUGCCAACAGGUUGUUGUGUACUUGCUUCUGUCUUUUUGGAUGCUAUGGCCAUUUAUUGACCAAAAAUCUGGUUUCCUCUUCUAUCACAUCACCAUGUCAUGUUUAAGAUUCAACAGAUAUUGACAGUCUGUUAUGAUCAUCGUUAAGAUCAAGUCUUCGACUUUGGCCUAUGAACCUUGAGAAUUUUGCCAUCAUUAUACUUUACUAACAAAUUCAGUAAUCAAACAAACAUCAACAUAGAAUCUGACAUAGAUGUAGAUUGGUGCAAGUUAUCGUACGUGAUUAGUACGAUAUAAUGAAAAUCACAAGUGAGAUUGAAUCAGUAAAACGGUAAUGAUAAAUCAUUUUGUAUAAGGUUUAAUAAGACAGAUUGUUAGAAGAUGUAUGAAGAGAUAUAUCUACCGCUGUAUACAUAUUUUGUCUAUAUAUAACUUUAGAUUUUUUAAUUUGUGUUUCAAGUAUCAGAAUGUUUAUAGUAUGAAUUCCCAGCUAUAAGGGUCGAUUUUAGCCAAAUAGUAUGUAAUAAUGAAUCAAACAUUUGGAAAAGUGGUUAGUCUAGGUUGUAUAAAUAAAGUAGCUGAUAAAAUGAAUGGAAUUCCUUAGAUAGAUAUAUAAUAAAAACCGAUGACCUUACUGAUAAAAAGCGGUGAAAAAACUGACUAUUAGAAAAUGUUUCAUUGUUGUAGUUGAGAUUCAAUUCAAUGAAUAGAUUUUUCAUUCAUUCACCAAGUACUUUGAUAUGGGCCAAUGAUCUACUAUUCAGUUGAUCAAACUGAAAGUGGGGCGGGUUUCGAACCUGUGGCUGGAAGCCAAAUUCUUUAAUCAUUGAGCUACCAUAAUUCAAUGACAAUGGUGAAUAAGUGAAUAUACUUUAUAACGAGGAAUGUAAAAUAUAGAUAGUUAAUUAGUUAAUCUCUAAUGUUAUAAUAGAUUUAACAUAUGCAGAGAUGAAUAGUUACUAAGGUGUAUAAAGUUAAGAUUAGCCUUAUCAAUAUAACUAUUGCAUAAAUUAUGAAGAGUACAUCAAUCGAUCCAACGGAAAUUUAAUGAUAUGUUAAUAAUCUCCUUUAGUGAACUAUUCCAUUUGAUUGUAAUCCUAAUUAUUGAUGAAUCGACUUUCAAUCAACCGGAAUUGUGUAACAAGGAACUUUUUGAGAUGGUGGAGAUUUGUAGCUCAGGUGGAUGAUUUUGGUGGAGUUUUGUUCUCAGCUGGAUGGUUUGGUCGUGGACGUCGAGGUGCACAGAACAAGCUUUGAGACACAUAUGGAGAAAUUCAAACACUUCACUUCUAUCUGAAGUUUGUGCUGAUGAUGUCGUUCAGAAGAACGAUGAAAGCUCCACGAUCAAACCAUCCAGCUCAGAGAACAAAACUCUACCAAAAAAAAGGAACUUUUUAUUUUUAAGACAAGAUAUGUUUGCUUUUCAAUGAAAUAUCUAUAAAUAGUUAAGUUAACAUGUACGUAUAAAAGAUGUUAAUAGUAUUAAACUGAUAUGUAUAUGGAAUGGAUAUAGAGGGAGUUAGUAGGGAUUAUUAUUAUUAUUAUCAUCACGAAUUGAUCUUAGGCAACUAUGUAAAAUCCAAAUAGUAUAAAAUAGAUGUUUCAUUUAAAUGUGGAAUCUCCUAACAAACCCUUUCUUAACUUUUUAUUUAUAUGACCUAUUUUAUCAGGUCCUAUGUAAGAUGUUAAGGAAAGUUUACUAUAUAUUUUGAUUACUACUUGUAAUUUAGAUGUUUGAUCUAUUAUAUUUAUACGAAUAUGCCCGGUUUAAUUGAACGCAUGUUUUUGUAUUGUGAUAUUUAUUGAAACAAUCAAUAAAUUUGUUCACAUAUUUGUCCUUCUUACUCAAUUCUUUGUAUGCUUACUCAUCAUCUUGUACUUGUGGUCUAGUGGUUAAGCGCUUGCGCGCGAAACUGAUAGGUCCUGGUUUCAAAUCCCGUGAGACAGGGUCGUGGAUACGCAUUGCUGAAAUGUUCCACAAUAGGAAAAAAUGGCUUCCAGGUUUUCCAUAAUGGUCUAGCUUCAAAUGACUCAUGAUCUUAACCAUUGAAAUUACUAUAAUAUCCACGAAACUCCUUCUGAAGUUAAAAUUUAUUGAAUAAGAAAAAGAGAAUUCAGUGAAGAAAAUUUUCUGUACAUUCGUAUAUACAUGAAAAAUGUAUGUCUGUGGGAGGAUAGAGAAAAUUGCAUCACCAAAAUGAAUCCGAGACUAAAUAACAAAUGAGGUUACGUGUACACUAAUCAAGGGAUUAGAUAAUAAUCCAAUUGACCGAUAUGAAGAAAAGCGACAAACACAA